CCUUAUGGGUUUCUGUUCUCGUACUGGUUCAAAAUGCCUUUUGAACAUAGUGACACUGAUGGUUAUCUUGAACAUGGUCUUCCCGGCUUGGUGACUACUGUUGAUAAUUACUUACUUAACUUGCCUACCUGCUGAAGCUAUAACUGUCAAGACAGUGUUAGAGCUCAAAAUUCAACUGGAGUUCAUCGUUCAACAAAAUUCAUAUCCUAAUGAAUAUCGUGGGUGGGAUCUAUAACAGACCACUGGCUUCCUGUCCCCGUCGAGCCCACUAGCUUAGUUGAGUGCAAUGCAAGCUGAUGUUGUAGCUUGCGUGUCUGAAACGUGGUGGACUGAGGCUUGCAAGAAAGUUAAAAAUGCUGUUGUCUUUCUCGACAAUAACACGGCGGAAUGUCUUCACUGGAGCGGUGGCCUUACAAGAUUGGUCAAUGCAGGAGCAAAGAAUGUUAAAGAAUUUUCAUCAUUUGAGAGAGGUAAUAAGGAUGAUGUCAAGGCAGUGUUCAUGGUCAGCACAGCCCUCCGGGACACUACCCUUACUGUAUUACAAGACAUUAUCAAAGCCUCCAGCUUCCAGUACAGCAUCAUCACCACCUCGGCUCACCCUAAUGUCCAUGCCUAUGCUCGCUACGGUGGACGAGAAGUGGACGAAAACCUCCUGAUGAGUAAUUUAGAACAAGAUGUAUUAGCCUGGAUGGGUAACAUGAACUAUACCGUGGAAAUAUUUUACAUUCCCUUGGUUAUAGCACCAUAUUCGGAAAAUCUUUUAUUUAUGCCAUGUUUUUCCAAGUUAUAUCCAUUGUUGAGUUCAGAUGUUGCGAGAAUAUCAAGGCUUCAGCAAGCAUUACCCAAAGGUGAUAAAGCAAAAGCAGUGGAAAAUUUAGGCGAGGUGGAAUUUCAUCAUCUUCCCAAAGAGAUGCGCGUGCUAAUCCGCCAGUUUGUGGUAUGCAUUCACAGCCUUCUUCAGGGAAUGAAUGCUAGAGAUGAGAUCUAUAGUGUUGGCCACACCGCUCGCAUAAUAGGCACUGAACUUGAUGCCUUCAGUCUUGCCAGACAGAGAAGGAAGACAGCUGGUAACAAAGUAUCGCUGGUAUUAGUUGACCGGACUUUAGAUCUAGUAGGUGCUUCCAGUUAUGGAGGAGAGACUCUGAUGGGAAGAAUCUUGUCUCUCUUGCCACGAUUGUAUGGCCACCAGCUGGAUUCCGCUGUCAACAUGGCCCCUUUGUGCAAAGUUCAUACGUCGAGUGAGUGGACGCUUAUACCAGGAUGCUUUGCUCCACAAGGCAGAGAACAUCAUGCAUCAGUUGUGCUUAAUGCCUUGGUCAUGUCAUCAGGAAAGGAAGCUCUCUCCCUUAUUAAUAAACAUGUAUUAGAGGCAGCUAAUUGGAAAGACCUUAGUGAUGAAGCCAGCCAAAGUGCAGCUCGAGUGACUCCAGAAAACAUCAAGAAAAAUAUCCAGCAGUUUGCAUCUGAUAUUGAGGGCUUCACUGAAAAUGCUAGUUUGCUGCAGCAAGGUUUGGGAGUGGUUGAGGCACUCUGUGAUCCCCGAUGUGUUCAUUUUGACCAACUCUUGAGCUUGGAGAAACGCCUCAUGCAGUCUAUUGGAGACCCAGAGGAAACCCUUCCAUUUACACAGAUUUUCCAGCUUCUCAAAACCCGAGGAACACAUGGGGUGUCACUGGAUGAUAUACUGUGCCUAAUGGUAUAUGUGGCGUCACUUGGUGGCUCUCAGGUAUUCACUCAAAAGGACGAAUAUGCGCUUACCAAUCGUCUCUCUCACGCCAUUGUUGAGGAUAAGAUGAUGCUUUCUGAUAAUCUUCUCCAAUUAGUUGGUGAGGAAGUGGACGAGGUGUCGGCUUUAAGGACUGCCCAGCGUGUCGCUGACCAGCUCCAUGCUAUUGCUAGCACAAGGGAUCAUUUGAAAAAUUACAAGCACCUGCAUAUACCAGGAGAUAGUGCCCAGCCUGCUUCAUACCAGCCUUUCUUGAAGAAACUAGUGUAUGACUGUCUCACUGCUCCUCAAGCUGAGAUCACUGACUUGGAGUACAAGUCUGGUGGUUUCAAAGAUCUUAUAAAAACUGGAUUUAGCCUCUUUGUUAAUGUAAGCAAGCCAAUGCCACGAGAUGCACCUUUGAUGUUGAUCUUUGUUGUUGGAGGGGUGACUCCUGGAGAGGUACGUGAAAUUCAGCAGACCGUAACAGCCGUGAAUCCUCCUUGUGAGAUAAUCGUGGCAUCUACACAUUUCGCACACCCCAGUGAUACUGUUAUUAAAGCUUUACAGUCUAAUCCAUUUUUGAGAUGUGUAUAAUUACACAAGCAUUUCUGAAAGAAUCUUUAUAAUGCUGUAAUUAUUACAAACAUACUCUUCGACAAACCAGACAGAAAAAUCCUGCAUUCCAACAAAUUAGUUAAAAAUUUAAGUACAGUGGUACCUUCGUUUAUGAAUUUAAUCCGUUCCCAGAAACGGCUCGUAACCCGAAACUAAUUUUUCCAUAAGAAAUAAUGUAAAUUGAAUUAAUCCGUUCCACACUCCCAAAAAUAUUAACUUCAAAAUACAUUUCAUACAUACUAUGGUGCAAAAUAUUUGUGUUCAUUAUGUACAAGUUAAAGCUUACCUUUAUUGAUGACUCUUGUUGGUGUAUGGAAGGCAGUGAGGAGGAGGAGAGGUGUUAGUGUUUGGAAGGGGAGUCCCCUUCCAUCAUAACAUCAGGCAGUGAUGACUUCUCUGGGGUGUA